UGGGGCGGAGGACACUGAGGCAGAGAGCGGUGGUGGCGCUUCCAGCGGGCUCGGUGGAGCAGUGAACGACGAGCCCCCUCUCUGCUCGGAGAGGUUGUCCCCCGGGACCAUGCUGAACGUGCUGCUGCUGUGCUGUGGGCUGCUGCAGGGGAUCCAGGCCGUCCUGGACCUCAGGACCACCGACCUCAGCUGUGGGCACCUGCAGAAGGCGAGUGCCGGGCUGGAGGGCGUGGACAGAGCCCGCCACGCCAGCCUGCAGCGGAGAGCCAAGGAGGCGCCUGCAGAGCCAGUGGGACCUCUCCCCAGGCUGGGGUUUGAGCAGAUGGCCCUGGAGGUCCAAGAAGCCGAUGGUGACCUCGUGAGGAGAGGUGGUGUGCUGGAACCACAGGCAUCCUCCACAGAGCUGCAGGCUGCGGGCCGUGAGGAGCGCUCCCCCCGCCGCUGCGUCCGUCUGCUGGAGUCCUGCCUGGGCCAGCAGGUCCCCUGCUGCGACCCCUGUGCCACCUGCUACUGCCGCUUCUUCAACGCCUUCUGCUACUGCAGGAAAAUCAGCACCAAUUUCCCGUGUGGCAAGAACUAGCGCCCGCCCCGCGGGGCUGCUCCCUGCCCACGCGUGUGCCUCCUCCUCUGCAGCUCCAAUAAACCAGCCCUUUGCAAAAGCCACUGCUGAGUGGGAAUGGUGUGCUGUGUCCGCUGGGGAUCUCAGGGGAGAGGGGCGGCAGCAAGGGGAGGGUGCCUGCACAUGGCUGGGCACCGUGUCCACACAGCCAGGAGUGCAGGGCACCUCCACGUCAAACAAAAUGAGCCUUUCCCGGCUGGGUAAGUGGUGUCUCAGCAGCAGGGGUGCUCCUCCAGGUGAUGUCUUGGCCAACGCUGCUGUCACCCACAAAAUCGGGUUUUUUCGCUGAUGUGCAACGAGCCAGUCCUGACACACUCGAGAGAGAGAUGCUGCUUAUUGAUUUCAGAGCUGCCGAGCCCGGGUGCUCAGGGCUAUUCCGCAAAUCCAGCACGUCCCACUGGACUUGCCAGUGUUGUUAUUCACACACAAAGUUCAGAGGCAGUAAAUUCCCAAGCACAGCCGCUCUGUUGGGUUGAUUGGUAAUUUCCAUACAAAUCACAUAACCCAGGUAACUUCUACUCAGGGGAA